GCAGGCAGGGAUAGGCACAGGGACAACAAAAACAUUCUCUUCUGAACGGGGGAAAGAUGAUUCGGCAAAAAUACAAGCAAGAAAUGUUUGCCAAACCUGUGGCGCCUCGGUCAGAGGAACCCUUGACCUCUCAGGCUAAAAAUACAACGAUGCAUGUGAAUGGCCAAUACCUCAGACUGGCAGCUAAAAAUGGCCCCAAUUCAAAAACACCUGGCCUCCUUCUGUCAGCCACACAUGGGGACGAGGCGGUGGGUCAGCUUACUCCGGCCAUGCCUACACAGGACGGCACUGGACAGAGGGACUCACUGCUGCUCAGGUCGCCCCUGCCUGACUCAGAGAGGGAGGGGGAGAAUGUGCCACCCAGGCGGCCGCAAAAACUGGCUCCCCUGGAGCUGCCCAAGGAGGUGAGGGAGGCUCAGAGGCAGAAAAUCAAAGGGAUCCAGCUAGAGGCUAAGGCUGCUGCCCGCAAGCUAGAUGUGGCAGGGCAUGAGCCUUACCCCAGGAAGGUGAAGGCUGGUGGGAGAGAGGUCCUGGUCAAAUCCUCCGAGUGCCCCCCUCAGAGAAUCACGACAGAGCCAGUGAAGGGCCGGCCUCAGCAGCACGGCUCUGUGAUAGCCCCGCAGCUCCGUGCUUCAGACGAUCACAAACAUGGAGCGGGACUCCCCGAGGACACAGCGAGCCAAGAGGCCCCUCCUCCUGUCAGCGGUAAACCGGCCCCGCCCACCCCGGCGUCUGACGUGAAAGCUCCAGCCACAUGUGGCGCCGCUGGGAGCGCAUGCCAAAACUCCGGCACGCUCCAGCAGAAGACGACGGGCAGGAGGCGGCUGCGGCUGAAGAGAGAGGAGCGCCUCGAAGAGGAUCAGAGCAAAUCAAACAUGUCAACGGAGGGAUCAUCUGUGGAGGAAGGUAAGCUGGCCCAGCGUGGCCACAGCAAAGGGCAGCGGGCAGAGAGAGCUCUGAAGGAGGCCAGCCGCAUGCUGGAGGCUUCAAGGAGGAAUGCAGGCCCACCACAGCAGUCUGGGGAUAUGGAGGUGUCAGCAAGAGCCAUCAGGAAGAAGGCUGGGAGCGAUCUCCAGGAUGCAGUCCUUUGACCGUUGAGCAAUCUGAGGGCUGCAGCAAUACAUAAAAAAACAUGACCGUGUUGAGCCUAGAUUACUUACUGAUGCCUCUGACUGGAAACAUAGGAGAGCCCAGCUUCCAUUGUAACUUUCCCAAAGCAUGCAGUAGCAAUUUCAUGACACUUCCAAGUACCUUCUAUUCUAUAAAUAGAAUGUACUCUUUAAAACUCUACUGUAAAUAAGAUGUAUAAAGUAAGAAAUAAGAGACCAAGCAUACAUGUAUUUUAAUGCUGUUGCUUCUCAGAAGGACAUGCCAUUUCCAUCACAUGCUAAUUAAAGCUGUGCCAAACUAACUAGAAUUGAGGAAUCAUAAUA